AGGGAGAUCAGGGGCGGUCCAAGAAUCCAUUUUUUUGGGGGUUCUUGGAUUGGAGAGACGGAGAAGAGAAGAAGAAAGGUUGCGUCGCUGUUGCUGUUGAGGUAGAAGAGGAGGAGGGGGAGGAGGAGGAGUGAUGUCGCGGGGCGGGAGCUACGGGGAGGUGGGGCAGAAGAUCGACUACGUGUUCAAGGUGGUGCUCAUCGGCGACUCCGCGGUGGGCAAGUCGCAGCUGCUGGCGCGGUUCGCGCGCAACGAGUUCAACCUCGAUUCCAAGGCCACCAUCGGCGUCGAGUUCCAGACGCGGACCCUCCAGAUCGACGCCCGCACCGUCAAGGCCCAGAUCUGGGACACCGCCGGCCAGGAAAGGUACCGAGCGGUAACAAGCGCAUACUAUCGAGGCGCAGUGGGAGCCAUGUUAGUAUAUGACAUUACAAAGCGCCAGUCAUUUGAUCAUGUAACUAGGUGGCUCGAGGAACUAAGAGGCCACGCUGAUAAGAACAUUGUUAUCAUGCUUAUUGGGAACAAAUCUGAUCUAGGCACCCUUCGAGUUGUGCCAACGGAGGAUGCAAAGGAGUUCGCUGAGCGCGAGAGUCUCUUCUUCAUGGAGACCUCUGCUCUUGAGUCCACCAAUGUUGAAGAUGCUUUCAUGACCGUCCUUACAGAGAUUUAUCGUAUAGUCAGCAAGAAAAACCUUGUUGCAAAUGAGGAGACUGAUUCUAGUGGAAACUCGAGCUUACUGACAGGUACAAAAAUUGUUGUCCCUGGUCAGGAGCCACCUGCUCCAGCCAAAGCGUCAUGUUGUAUGUCAUCCUAGGCAUAGCACUGUACAUUGUUGUUUCAGAGUUCCAAAUUACGUCUGCCGUAUCAACACUGAAUAGCUGGGAUUCCUGUGAGUAAAGAUUAAAAGGUCUUCAUAUGGACAGUUAACUCACAUAUGUUGUAAUUUUAUGGAUCACUCUUUUUUUUUGUAUCUGAUUGUGUGAUGGUCUGUGUAGUCAUUCAGAGCAUUCUCAGAUAUAAUUGGCCCAAUCUUAUCUGUUUGUUA